UCAGCAGCAACACCUCGUCGCCACGGCUACUCAAACCGAAUUGCCUACCUCCUAGUAAAGGGUUGCGAAGCAUCACUGCCUCUUCUACAUCUGUUUUCCACCGUUUAGGCCCGAACAGGUUCUGCUGUAUUGGCGCAUAAGUACCUAUAACAGGCAUUCGGCGCGGUUAUCAACGAACACCUACCCGCUCCCCUCGUUGUCCAAGACUCGGCGAUCAUCACCGAUAGUCUUGACAGUCAAUCCUCCAGGCAUCCUGUUUCCGGCUCCAAACUUGCACCCUGCAAUUGCCUAUGACCAUGGCUUGGCUUCGGCUCUCGUCGAAACAGACGCUAUAUAUCACUAUAGGCAUCUCGUUCACAUUCUUCAUUGCCGAGAUUGUUGUGGCAUUCUACACCAGGUCUCUAGCUCUUCUCGCGGAUGCCUUCCACUACAUGAACGACCUCAUCGGAUUUAUCGUUGCCUUAGUUGCAAUAGUUAUUUCGGAAUCUGCGCAGUCACCGAAGGCCUUCUCGUUUGGGUGGGCGCGCGCCCAGUUACUCGGCGCCUUCUUCAACGGCGUCUUCCUCUUCGCGCUCGGGAUCUCCAUCUUGCUCCAGUCGAUCGAGAGGUUUAUCUUCCUCGAACCCGUCGAAAACCCCAAGCUCGUUCUCAUCCUAGGAUGUGUCGGCCUGGCAUUGAACAUCAUAAGCGCGGCUGUGUUGCACGAGCACAGUGGCCACGGCCACUCGCACGCGCAUGACCACGGCCAAGCUGAGGGCGACGGCAGCGGACACAGCCGCAACCAGGUAUGUAUUGAGGCCGGCAUAGGAGGAACUACAGAUGUCUCGAGCCAGGACCGGGAUGACGACGACAAACCCCCUACGCCCACUAGCGCGCAUGCGGAGCACCGGCACACGAUCACGACGCUGCAGUCGCCGGGGCGGGACCUGGGGAUGAUGGGGGUGUUGAUCCACGUGCUAGGCGACGCGGCAAAUAACGUCGGGGUGAUCGCUGCGGCGCUCACCGUGUGGCUCGCGGCACCGGCGCCGGGACGGUUCUACGCCGACCCGGCCGUCGGCGCCGCCAUCGCCGCCAUGAUCCUCGCCACAUCGGUUCCCCUCGUCAAGAACAGCGGCCGCAUCCUCAUGCAGAGUGCACCCCACGGCGUCGACCUAGGCGACGUCAAGCAUGACCUCGAAAAGAUUCCCGGUAUCGAAUCGGUGCACGAGUUGCACAUCUGGCGGCUCGACCAGAAGAAGGCGAUCGCGACGGCACACGUCGUCGUAUCGGACGCGCACAUGACCGACUUCAUGGCGCGCGCGCGCACCGUCGCCGAGUGCCUGCACGCCUACGGCAUUCACUCGGCGACGCUGCAGCCGGAGCUCUCGGCAGCGGCAGCGGCAGCGGCAGUGACCUCUUCUUCCUCCGCCGCCUCGACCGUUGCCGUCCCUGGGGCUAGCAGCACCGAGGACACCGAUCGCAAUACCCAGGACGGCGGAAGCUCUGGGAUGUUUGUAGGGCAGGCGGGAGCGCAGACAAGCGCGCGCGCGGUCGCCGCCACCGCCGCUAAUGAUGGCGCGUCGGCUAGGAGACGGCGGCCCGAGACGGCGGCAGCGGCGGCGGCGAUGGCUGCGACGUGCCAGAUCCCGUGCGGGAAGCUGUGUGAAAACCUGAAGUGCUGCAACGUGAGCACGGGACAUUUCCGGUAGGUCGGGACGGGCAGUGCCACACCUCAUCCGACAAGCGGUGGCCAGGCGAGGGGAAAGGACAAGAAAGAGAGCAGGGGAGAGAAGUGCCCUCUAAGGCUACGCCGCCUACGUGCAGCAGAAAUUCGUCCCGAGCCUGAUGGCACGUUUUGGACUCGGCCAGGUCCGAGGCGCGGAUACGCUUCACUGCCUGUCUGCUUCGUUUGGGGUCUAUCGCAGGCAUAUCUCGCCGGUCGGCCCUUUACUCGC